AGUAUUCGCAACACAGAAAUUGAUCACUCGGUCCGCGCUUUCAUUUCGCACCUCGUCUAUUUCUUCUGUUUUUCAGCAGUUCAACAAGCGAAAGCUGAAUACAAUCAACAAGGACGCAAGCGUGAACAAAAAAUGCCGUCCCUCAACCCUCCGCAAGCCCCCGGCGUCAUCAAGGCUGGGGACAAAGGGAAAAAGCAAUCCAAACCCGCCCCGAAAGUAUUGUCCCCGGAGCAGCUGCGUAAAAAAUCGCAGAAGACGCUGGAGCAAAUUUGCAAGAAAUGCGUUUCCGCGGUUAAGAAGACCGUGCAUACGCAGAAGAACGAGCCCUACACCACUUACAGUCACCCGAUUGAGUCGCAACAGGAGGGGUUGGAUCUCCUGAAGGUCGCGCCGGGCGACAUCGCCAAAAUGCCGGAGGAUGGGACGGACUGCUUCGCCGGGGAGGAAGACAAAAACAAAUCGGGACCCCGCGCGAAAAAGUUCUCCUUGGAUCAGGAGAUGAUCGCGGACUGGUGGGGCUACAACGUGGUCCAAAAUGUCAAGACCAAGGGGGUGAAGGUGUUGUGCUUCGCCGGGCAAAACCCGGGCCCGAUGAAGUUCGACGCUGUGAUGAUCGGAAUGGGGAUCAGUGUGGAUUCCAAGAAGAUCACCUUCAAAAUCCAGUCGCAGUUGUCGUGAUGGUCGGGAGUGGUUUGGUGGUAGUGUUUGAAGUGACAACUGACGAAGUCCAUUAUAGCGGCAUGAUUUCGCGCAGCUACGUCUGACACGCUUGCGGAGGAUGUUGCAAGCAAGUGAACGCAAGCGCUAACAUUUCUAUACUUCUUUAUGAUUCUACUCUUGAAAGUGAUGCUGAUGACGAUCGCCCAAGGACCUUGCGGAUGAUGGAUGCUCCUUUUGAUGGAUGUCAGACUGUAUUAGUCGGUCCGAUCGAAAGUGCAACAAGUGGAGCGCUAACACUUAGAUUUCGCAAGCCAUACCCACGAUAGUUGAAUUGCUGCUGAUACUGCUGCCGGACCAGGACAUGGGCAACAAGGCUCGCGCAGCUCCGGGGCCUUUCUGUUGU